CUGGGCGUCUCCAUCACGGGUCGGAUCCGCGGCGCCGCGGGCUGGGACAAAAACCGAUCCCCUUCCCGAGCGCGUCCGGCGUUCGUCCGCAGGCGAGCGCACCCCUCGGCUCCAGACCCCCGACUCUGCGUGCCUCCGUCUGUCUUCAUCCACUUCUGAUCCUUCCUUUCCUCUUUGCCACUCAAAGCCAGCCGGAUGGGGCACCUGGGACACCUGCUGCUGCUCCUGUCCCUGCUGCCUACAGCCACGCAGGGGAGGAAUCCGCACCUGUUGCACAAGGGUGUGGGGGAACCCUGUGAAGACCACCGGGAGUGCCAGAGUCGCUGCUGUGUCACAGGCAGCCCGAACUCUCAAAAGUUGUGCACCCCCCAGACAGUCUUCCUGAAGUGUGUCUCAUGGAGGAAGCCCAAUGGGUUCUCCUGCCUGCACUCUUCCAACUGCAAGAGCAAUUGCUGUGUCCUCACGGACCCCCGGAAACAGAAGACCUGUAUGGCCAGGACCUUCUUCUUUCAAUGUGUGUCCUGGAAGAAGCCAAACGGGUCCCUCUGCACAAAGCACAGCGAGUGCCAGAGCCACUGCUGCCUCCGCCUGACCGAGGUCAGCCCCUGGCGCUGCAUUCCUCACAGCGGGAUUCUGGCCCUGUGCCUGCCCCUGUGACCAGGACCUUCGGCGCCUCGCAGACCCGCCGGCCCCCAGGAGUGAGGUUCGGCCUGGGGGUCUGAACUCCCGUGGGAGGCGCUGUCACUGCUCUGCAAAGAACCCAGACCAGAGGCAUUGUGGAGUACUGGCCAGGCCAGACCUGCCGUUCUGCGCCAA